AGCUGCGUCGCCAACCAGCAUUUACGGAGUACUACGACCAAUGCGAACGCUGGCCUCGUCCCAACCCACUAUCUACACAAGACAACCCCUAAUGUCCGCUCGCGUCCUCUCUUCUCGAGGACACUGAGACGGAAUAGAGAGAGCUCUACGGUGAUACCCAACCUGAAGGCCAAAAAAACGCGGAAGGAAGACGGGAAAACAUGUCCCAACCAAAAAUUACCUCCAAGAACCUCGCCUACACGAGCGAGCUGCCUCCCUUUCUCGCCCGGCUCCGGGGCCAACAUCAACAGCAGCGCGACUCUGACCGCCCAGAUCCGCUCCUUGCCGCGCAUCGCCGCGCAGCGCGCCCGCGAUCUGCGAGCGAGGAGGCUGAGGACGCGCCGCUAGUUGUGGACGAGGCUGGGAACACUGUCCACUUCGACUUCGAGGACGAGACCGACACCGCAGACGUUCCCUCCCAGGCGGUGGACGGCAGAGAGGGGGGCACGGGCGCGGGUGCAGGCGCAGGCGCAGGCGCGGACAAAGGGAGAGGAGGAGAGAACCAGAACGAGGCUAGGAACCAAGAAAAAGUAGCGGGGAUCGGCGCGGGGAAGAAGCGGAAAGUUGGCCGCGUGGUCGGCGGCGAUGAUGGUGAAGAGGGAGAAGAGGAGAGAGGACAGCAUACCAAGGCCAGAAUCGCGAAAGGAGACCGACAGCUAGCGACGCCGACAGCAAAGAACAGCGACAGGAAGGGCGAGGCCGACACUAGUACGAAGGACGCGAAGCAAGCUAAAAAGAAAAAGGCCAAGAAGAUCAAGCUUAGUUUUGGCGACGAUGAUGCCGAAUGAAGGGCCCCCUCAGCAUGUAGACUGGAAAGAAGCGUACGCUGUAUGAGACGCAUAGUUACGACAGAGCAGCAAAUCUCCUGGGCAGCCGGGCUAGGGCCAUAUACCAGUCGUUCGGGCUUCUGUCCGGCAUUAGGAAGCGCCGCACGGCAUAACCAACUUUAUAAGGGCACUUUAACCGUCACGGAAG